AUGCGAGAUAACUCCAAAGAGAUGUUCAUCAUCAGAGCAUUGGAAAAGAUCCUGGCCGACCGGGAUGUCAAACGGUCGCACCUAUCGCAACUCAGGAAAUCUUGCGAGACGGCACUCGAUAAUUUGCGGAAUGAGAUCAAAGAAGUGUCAGGUACGCAGGUCUCCACCGCUCUGCCUCAGCCGCGCAGCGAGUCCUAUGUCAUUUCCGCGGAAAAGUAUUUUCUGCCGUUCGAGCUGGCCUGCCAGAGCAAGUCUCCACGGAUUGUGGUCACUGCUUUGGACUGUCUGCAGAAAUUAAUCGCUUAUGGCCACCUCACUGGAAAUGUACCCGACUCCACAAAGCCAAGUAAACUGCUGAUUGUGCGGAUUGUGGAGACAAUCUGUGGUUGCUUCAUAGGAACACAAACAGACGAGGGUGUGCAGCUGCAAAUUAUAAAAGCACUUCUCACAGUAAUGACCAGCCAGCAUGUCGAGGUACACGAGGGUACUGUGCUUCUUGCCAUACGGAUUGUUUACAGCGUUUAUUUGGCCUCCAAAAAUCUGGUCAAUCAGACCACAGCCCGUGCUACGCUCACCCAGAUGAUCAAUGUUAUUUUCGCGCGAAUGGAAACUCAAGCUGAGGAGGAGAAUAUUAAAAAUGAACUGGAACAGACGGAAAUCGCUGUGAACGCUACCAAUUGUACUUCCACUGGUGAAUUGGAAACAGAGACAAUGAACAAUGAGGAAACCACAACGGAGAGUAACCAAGAAACUCAAAUAAUUGUUCGGGGUAUUCUGGAGGAUGUUGUGAAUUCUGUGGUACCGGAGGACACGACCAGCACAACAAUGGUGAUCCUAGAGGAGGCAAGUUUAGACCAAGUGCCUAUAGACGACAACUCUGACGAGGCUGUAGCAGAAAACGACAAUAUGGUCAGGGCGAAAUUCACUCAUGUUCUGCAGAAAGACGCUUUCUUGGUCUUCAGAGCACUCUGCAGGCUUUCGAUGAAACCACUUCCGGAUGGUAACCUAGAUCCUAAGUCACACCACCUCAGGUCAAAGAUCCUUUCGCUGCAGCUGCUUCUGGGCAUACUGCAAAACGCUGGGCCAGUAUUACGCUCGAACGAGAUGUUCGUGAUAGCCAUAAAGCAAUACCUCUGCGUGGCACUGUCGAAAAACGGUGUAUCAUCAGUCCCCGAGGUGUUCGAGCUGUCGUUAGCGUUGUUCCUGGCGUUGCUGGCUCGUUUCAAAGUGCACUUGAAAAUGCAGAUAGAGGUUUUCUUCAAAGAGAUCUUCAUGAACAUCCUCGAGACUUCCAGCAGCUCGUUCGAGCACAAAUGGAUGGUGAUUCAUGCUCUGACUCGGAUCUGCGCGGACGCUCAAAGUGUGGUCGACAUAUACGUGAACUACGACUGCGACCUAUCCGCUGCGAAUUUAUUCGAAAGACUGGUGAACGACUUAUCGAAGAUUGCGCAGGGAAGACAGGCGCUGGAGCUGGGUGCAGCGCCUAAUCAGGAGAAGUCGAUGCGUAUCAGGGGUCUUGAAUGUCUGGUAUCGAUCCUGAAGUGCAUGGUCGAGUGGAGCAGAGACCUGUACGUGAAUCCAAGCGUGCCAGCCGAUCAACAAUUACAUUCUGAACCACCAGAUCCUCCUGUAGAACCGCCAUUGCCGCGUUACGGAAGCGCAGGUAGCCUUUCGUCUGCAAACUCUAGUCUAGCCGGAAACAAAGAGAUUCCGGACUCGCCGGAACAGUAUGAAGUGCAGAAGCAGCAGAAGGAAGUGUGGGAAACCGGAAUCGAAAUCUUCAAUCGGAAGCCAAGCAAGGGUGUACAGUAUCUUCAAGACCAAGGCCUGCUGGGCAAUUCGUCCGAGGAUGUUGCCCGUUGGCUUCACAUGGACGAAAGGCUCGAUAAAACGGCGAUUGGCGAUUUUCUUGGCGAUCAUAACCACAAUCAGGUUAUGUACAGCUAUAUCGAUCAAAUGAACUUCGCCGAUCGUGACUUAGUCACAGCCCUCAGAUACUUUCUCGAGGGAUUCCGUUUGCCAGGCGAGGCGCAGAAGAUAGAUCGGUUGAUGGAGAAGUUCGCCAGUCGAUAUUGUGAAUGCAAUCCAAAUAACGGAUUGUUCACAAGCGCGGACACCGCUUAUGUACUGGGUUUCUCUAUCAUUAUGCUGACCACUGAUCUUCACUCGCCGCAAGUGAAAAAUAAAAUGACAAAAGAGCAGUACAUCAAGCUGAACCGGCGAAUCAGCGAUAACGAGGAUCUACCUGAGGAAUAUCUGUCGAAGAUUUACGACGAGAUAGCUGGCAACGAAAUCAAAAUGAAGUCGAAUCCAAACAGACCUGGCAAACAAGUAAUAUCCAGUGAAAAGAAACGUCGUCUUUUAUGGAACAUGGAAAUGGAAGUAAUCUCAACUGCGGCGAAGAACUUAAUGGAAUCUGUCAGUCAUGUUCAGGCGCCGUUCACCACGGCCAAACAUCUGGAACACGUUCGGCCAAUGUUCAAAAUCGCUUGGACACCGUUUCUGGCCGCCUUCAGUGUCGGUCUGCAAGACUGUGACGAUCCAGAAAUCGCUUCUUUAUGCUUAGACGGCAUUCGGUGUGCGAUACGCAUCGCUUGCAUAUUUCACAUGACGUUGGAACGGGACGCAUAUGUGCAAGCACUGGCCCGGUUCACUCUGCUCACCGCGAACUCUCCCAUCACCGAGAUGAAGGCGAAGAACAUCGACACGAUAAAGACUCUGAUCACCGUCGCGCACACCGACGGAAAUUACCUCGGUAGUUCCUGGUUAGACGUUGUGAAAUGUAUCUCUCAAUUGGAACUCGCUCAGCUAAUAGGAACCGGAGUUCGACCGCAGCUUCUGGGUCCACCGUCCAAACCACAUUUCCCGUCGCCAUUAGUGAACUUCAAUCUGACUCACAACAGCUCCCAUCAGAGCAAUUUGAAUCUCAGUUCUCUUGAUCCAAGUGUGAAAGAAUCUAUUGGGGAGACAAGCUCCCAGAGUGUGGUGGUGGCUGUCGAUAGAAUUUUCACUGGGUCUACCAGGUUGGAUGGUGAUGCCAUCGUAGAGUUUGUCAAGGCUCUUUGCCAGGUGUCCCUCGAAGAACUCUCCCAUCCAACCCAGCCACGGAUGUUCUCGUUGACGAAAAUCGUCGAGAUCUCCUAUUACAACAUGGGUCGUAUCAGGCUCCAGUGGUCCAGGAUCUGGCAGGUAAUCGGCGACCACUUCGACAGAGUUGGUUGCAGCCCUCGCCAGGAAAUAGCGUUCUUCGCGGUGGAUUCGUUGAGGCAGCUGGCCACGAAGUUCAUCGAGAAAGGGGAGUUCGCGAACUUCCGGUUCCAGAAGGACUUCUUAAGGCCGUUCGAGCACAUCAUGAAAAAGAACAGAUCGCCGGUGAUCCGAGAUAUGGUUGUCCGUUGUGUCGCGCAGAUCGUUCAUUCGCAGGCCCCGAAUAUUCGCUCCGGUUGGAAGAAUAUAUUCAGCGUGUUCCACCAUGCUGCCAGUGACAGGGACGAGGCUGUGGUCGAGUUGGCGUUCUCAAUGACAGGGAAAAUUAUAAAUGAGUUGUAUGCAGAAGACUUCAGUAUUAUGGUAGAUUCCUUCCAAGAUGCCGUCAAGUGCCUCAGCGAAUUCGCUUGCAAUGCCUCCUUUCCUGAGACAAGCAUGGAAGCCAUAAGGUUGAUCCGGUCUUGCGCGUCCUAUAUCGACGCCAAUCCCAAUCUUUUUGCCGAGGGAAUGAUGGACGACAGUGGAAUGGUGUCUGAGGAAGACAGAGCCUGGGUAAGGGGAUGGUUCCCGCUACUAUUCGAGUUAUCCUGUAUAGUCAGUAGAUGUAAAUUGGACGUGCGAACGAGAGCGCUGACGGUCCUCUUCGAUGUCGUGAAAACCCACGGGGCGUCAUUUAAGCCCCACUGGUGGAAGGACCUGUUCCAAGUUCUGUUCCGAAUCUUCGACAACAUGAAGCUUCCCGAGCAGCACACUGAGAAAGCAGAAUGGAUGACGACAACGUGCAACCACGCUCUGUACGCCAUAGUGGACGUAUUCUCCCAGUUCUACGACACUCUGGGGCCCCUUUUAUUAGAGCAAUUAUACUCCCAGCUGCUCUGGUGCGUGCAGCAGGACAACGAGCAAUUGGCACGGUCGGGCACCAAUUGUCUGGAGAAUUUGGUAAUCAGCAACGGGAUCAAGUUCGACGAACAGACCUGGGAUAAUACCUGCCGCUGCGUGCUGGACAUAUUCGAGAGCACCCUGCCGUCGGCGUUGCUCACGUGGAAGCCCCAGUCGCCGAACAAGGAGUCUGAUUUAGACGUGAUCACGGGCGAGACCGACAGUCACGCAGGCAUCUUGAAGAGGAGCAACAGCUCGCAGAAUUUAACGAACGGCGAAACGACGAAGAACAAAGUGUUCGGUGCACUGUUGAUAAAAUGCGUGGUCCAAUUGGAAUUGAUCCAAACGAUCGACAACAUCGUCUUCUAUCCGGCCACGUCGCGGAAAGAGGACCAAGAGAAUCUUGCGUUGGCUCAGGCGGACAUGUUCAACGGGAAAUCGUCCGAGCUAGGCGUGAGAGCCGGCGCUGACCAACAGAAGGAGGAACAGGGCAUGUACUGUGCCCUGUCCACAGCGCAUCUCCUGCAGCUGGUCGAAUGCCUCCUAAAGUCUCAUCGAUUCGCGAAAGGCUUCAACUCUGACCACGAACAACGGAAUGUUCUCUGGAAGGCUGGCUUCAGGGGCAACGUGAAGCCCAACUUACUGAAGCAGGAGACGCAAUCUUUGGCCUGCGCGUUACGUAUACUCUUCAAAAUGUACAGCGACGAGGCUCACAGAGCGGACUGGAGCAAAGUCGAGGCCAGGCUGGUCGAGGUCGCAUGCGAAGCGUUGGAGUACUUCCUGGCGUUGUCAAACGAGGCCCACAGGGACGCUUGGACGCCGAUAUUGUUGCUACUACUGGCCAGGAUCCUUAAAAUGACCGACAACAGGUUCGCGGUACACGCGUCCAGCUGUUAUCCCCUGCUCUGCGAGGUGAUGUGCUUUGAUCUCAAGCCGGAACUGCGAUCCGUGUUGCGGCGAUUCUUCUUAAGGAUCGGCCCAGUGUUCAGGAUCACCCAGCAAUAGUUACAUGUAGAACGGGUUGUAAAGAAAAAAUGAGAUUUCGUUA